AUGUUGAGUGGCCUGCCUGCCUUGCUAUCGGUUGCCCCGCUCCCGCUGUGCCGCCCGACCGGACCUGCUCAAUCGCUCGUCUCACGAGGAGAAGCAGAGAUUCAGUCGAAGCGUGGCACCCCCGCAUUGCAACGUCGCGCGGCGUGUGCACAAUGUCCCUCUAUCGCACCCUGUGUCAACUGCAACGCACCAGGGCAAAGCUGUCAGCAGAUCUUCCGUCCAUCAGGAGACUGCGCGACCUGCCCUACCAACAUCUGCGUUGGCUCACCUCCUGCAGCCUCAUCUACGGCGGCCAGCUCAAGCGGCGGCGGCUCGAAGAGUAAUCCAGGCGCCAUCGUGGGUCCCGUAGCAGCCGUGGGCGGUACCUUGCUUAUCGCGGCGAUCUUCAUCGCUAUUUGGUGGAAACGACGCAAGACGAAGCGAGCAAAUCGAGCAAGAUUGAGGGCUGAUGCUAAGCUGCGUGACGCAAAGGCAAAGCAAUUCACCGUAGGCUCAGGAGCAGGAUCGAAUCGCUCCCCCUCAUCAGCAGGACAUAAUGGUCCACAAGAAACCGAAUGGACAGAGCUUCGUACGGAUGGCCUGCAAGCUUAUCAGCCGCAAGACCCUCAACAGCAAGAGAUUCGCCCUAAUUACAUCAACAGGCGCAACUCCACGGGCGCGGCGACGCACCUCUCCCGCAUCACCGAGGGACAGGAAGACGACGAUGCAAGAUCUACGGCAACGCAUCGAUACUCGCAGCUGUCCAGGCGAUCUCGUCACAACCCCUUUGACGUCGACGGGCGGGAAGGCGCUGCCACUCCUGAAGUCCCACCCCUCCCACCCAUGGUUCACCGAGCUAUCGGCGCGCCCAUGGAUGCCCUGCAAGGGCGUUCGGGCACGCAGCGUGUGCCCUUGCGCAAUGACGUCCAACUGGACUACAGCGUGCAUGACGCGACCGAUGAGGAUAAGCGGUACAACUUUGGGAGACAAGAUCGUUCUACCUGGCGGUUGAGCACUGGCAGCGGCGGUGGCGCAGGCCGAGAGCCCUUUUCUCCAGCAGCGCCCUCGACGGCUAGGAGUAGGCAUUUUGAUCGAGAUGAUAUUGGUCCGCCAUUACCUCCCUUGCCCACCAUCCACGAUACCGCCUCGGUCAACACGCAAAGCACGUCAGAGGAUGCUGCCUCGACAUCGGACCGCGGCUACUACCCCUCGCCGCGAAUCGUGACCCUUGGCACCCCUACCACGUACACUCCGCCUAGUCGGACAACCCUCCUCGCGCAGCAGCAGCAGCAGCAACAACAACACGACAAGCGCGAAUCGGUGGACAGUGACCCCUUCAAGGAUGAGCGCGCCAUCAAGCGCCCCAGUGCCAACCACAGACGGGGCAGCUACAACGCCGUGGGAAGCCAGGACUCGCAACCUUCCAAUACGAGCGGAUCGCAGGGUAGCUCGCAGCAUACCGGAGAUGGGGAGGGCGAGGGCGACGAGUCCCAGUCCUUUAUGAGCGCAACGACCACCACACGUCGCGAAGGCGACGGCGAGCGUCGAGGCGGCCGCUCCAUCGCGGGCGAGACCUUUGGCCGUCCCUCCACGAUGAGCCGGUCCUCAACAGCUCAGUCUGGGGCGACCACAACGCAAGAGCCGCAAGUCGAAGCGUCGUACCUCUCCUUACCCCCUAUUCCCUCACUGCCACCGCUCAGCGGCACUACAGGUGCGACGGACAGCCCAGGUGGGCAGGAGAUCAUCACGUUUGCGCAGCAGUCAAGCGCGGGAAGCAUGCCACCUUCGGCUGCCAGCGAUAGCACAAUUACGCCAGCCGGAAGAUCGGGAGAAGCGACCGCCACGGGCACAGGUACUGCUUCGUCUGCCUCUCCUGCAUGGAGCUCCUCUCUACUCCAGCAGCAGCAGCAACAAGCCCAGCUGCAGCGCAGUAACACUACAACUUCUGCCAAAUCGGGCGUGUCAAUCCCUUUUGUGCACGAGAGCAGUGGCAGCCAUGCCGUGCGAAGCGGCAACGCUUUGCCAAGCGGCACAACACAAAGUACGGCUCCUUCUUCGUACCCGAGCUCUUACUCGCGCUUCACCUCUCCGCGCGACGAUGUUGACGAUUACGAGGAGGAGGCAGACGAUAGCGCGAGAGGAUACUCGCGCCCGCCCUCCAACUGGCGCGGCUCGCACGCCGCAGCGACGGGCGCUGGGUGGGGAUUGGCGUCGAGGAGCAACUCGCAGCGCAAUGCAAGCGGAAGGCAGCGUGGCGGUGGAGGAAGGUCGCCUACCAGCUCCAUUGGGGGGCUGAGCGUGCUAGAUGGCUUUGAUUGGAGGGUGGCGGAUGGUGAAGCUCUAAUGGCACUAGAGAGGGCCGAAUUACGCUCAUCAUCAAUUGCCGUGAUGAGGCCCGUCGGGAUCGAGCUGUACAUGGAGGCGUGGCGACGUGACAGGAUGCUCGCCAACACACGCCUCCUCGCCAUUCUUUUCGCCCUCUUCUCGCUCCUCAGCCUGACAACCGCCGAGUUCGCAGACGACUGCGACACCCGCUCCGGAGCACACUGCGUGCAUGGGCCUUCUCCCAAAGACAUGCGCGCCAGAUUCUCGCCGAAGGCCCCGGAUACGACGAUGGCAACGCCUACCUGCUGAGCGAAAAUUCAGCAGGCACCGCCCAAUUUCAGUGCCUACUUGGUUCGCCACGUACCUCGCGGUUCAGCUUCACCCUUGGCCCGAGGUACUCGUACGUCGUCAUCACAGGGCCGAAGGGCGACAAGGGGAUCGCGUCAUUCAACGGGUCGUGCACCGAAGUGAGCUAUCAUCGAUAUGAUAAGCCGGUGGACGUUACGCAUGAGCCGGGGGUGGACCUCAUCUUUCGCUGCCCUGGCGAGGGAAAGUAGUCGUGGAGAGGCGGUAUGGGGAAAGCAAUGGGACAAAGAGGCAGGGAAGAGAUAGGAAGCUUUAUCUGAGCUAGGACGCUCUCUUCUGCUCGCCCUUGCCCGGCGCGAUGUGAUGAAUGACUUGUAUUUCAAUCUGGUCACGCCGAAAGAAGACAAAAAUGUGACAUGAGGCUAU